AUGAGACCAUCAUUUUUAAACUUAUUAGCUAUUGUAGAGUCCCAGAUUCUCCAACAAUAACAAAAAUAAAAAUCACUCAACUCAAUAAAUAUCAUCUAAAAGUUUACACAUUUUCUGGUACAACUUAAAAGUUUCUUCUUCUUUUUUUCCGUUUACUAGAAAUGGCUCUUCAAGCAACCUCUAUCCUUCCAUCCAGUCUUUCCAUCCACAAGGAGGGUAAAUCAAAUUUGUCAGGGAAGGAUUUCUAUGGAGUUUCUUUUGCUGAAUUCAGUCCUCUAGUCAUAAGAAACAAGAGAGAAUUGAAGAGCCAAAGGUUAUCUGUUGGACAAAUCAGAGCCCAGACAGCAGCAACAACUCCAGGGGUAAAUCAAUCUACACAAGGAAAGAAAACUCUUAGGAAAGGAAAUGUGAUAAUAACAGGAGCUUCAUCAGGACUAGGUUUAGCAACAGCUAAAGCCCUGGCUGAUACAGGAAAAUGGCACGUUAUUAUGGCUUGUAGAGAUUUCCUUAAGGCUCAAAGAGCAGCUAAAUCAGCUGGAAUUGACAAAGAGAAUUUCACUGUUAUGCACCUCGACCUCUCUUCUCUUGAUAGUGUCAGACAGUUUGUUGACAACUUCAAGCGGUCGGGUAAACCGCUUGAUGUGUUAGUAUGUAAUGCUGCUGUUUAUCAGCCAACAGCCAAGGAACCAUCAUUCACUGCUGACGGAUUUGAGCUCAGUGUUGGUACUAACCACUUGGGGCACUUUCUUCUUGCUCGGUUACUCCUCGAUGACUUGAAAACUUCUGAUUACCCAUCUAAGCGGCUCAUCAUCGUAGGUUCAAUAACAGGGAAUACAAACACAUUGGCUGGGAAUGUGCCUCCAAAGGCAAACCUUGGUGAUCUAAGAGGUAUGGCAGGAGGACUGAGUGGGACCAACAGUUCAGUGAUGAUCGAUGGAGGCGAAUUUGAUGGUGCUAAAGCCUACAAGGAUAGCAAAGUAUGCAACAUGCUCACCAUGCAGGAGUUUCACAGGCGUUAUCACGAGGAGACCGGGAUUACAUUUGCAUCACUUUACCCAGGUUGCAUUGCCACGACCGGUUUGUUUAGGGAGCAUAUUCCUUUGUUCAGGUUACUUUUCCCACCCUUCCAGAAGUACAUCACAAAGGGUUAUGUAUCUGAAGAAGAGUCUGGCAAAAGGCUUGCACAGGUGGUAGGAGAACCAAGCUUGACAAAAUCAGGUGUAUAUUGGAGCUGGAAUAAGACUUCAGCUAGUUUCGAGAAUCAGCUAUCUGAAGAAGCUAGUGAUGUUGAGAAGGCCCGAAAACUGUGGGAGGUCAGUGAAAAGCUAGUCGGCUUGGCCUAAAGGAAUCAUGUCAUUAACAUCAACGUCAGUCUUUGUAAUGGGCCAGGAAUCACAUCAUCGAUCUCUUCGUAAACGGGAAUAGGAAUAACACGGCCAAUUUGUGGGUUUUUUGUAUGCAAUUUUUCACAUGUAAACUAGAACAAAUUUGAGUUCGGUCAAGGCAAGAGAAGGAUAGUUGUGGCUUUCUAAAUCUAAUGCCGCCUUUCUCCCUUUAGAAUCUAAUACCUCCUCCUCUGUACUGCAGCAAUUUAACAUGUGACAUUAGUGUACAUCUGAUGAACAAUGCCAUCAAUGCUGAGCUGCUCAAAGCAAUGUCUGAAAAACAGGUUUGAACA